UUUCCUUAAAAAAAAAGGUUACUCCAAUAUAAACACAGAGCGUUACCAGUAGCAUUUGCAACGUUGCAAUGAGAAACCCCUUUACUAGCUACUCUCUUGUUUCCGUUGUAUAAAGCCCAAAAGAAAAGAAAAAAGAAAAGAAAAGAAAAAUGAUAAGAAGCGCGGUCGCUUUUAGAGGUAAUAAAGGCGUAACGGGAACUGUCACUGCCAACGCCGGAGAUCUCAAGCUCCGAGCAGUUGUUGAUAACGCUGUCUUCGGCGGAAGCUCUUCAACUGUCGACGUCGACGAUUUUUAUCUUUCCUUGGAGAAACCUGGCUCCUUCAUAGUAGACUACGAUGUCCCCAAUCAGGAUGUGCGGUUUCAGUUUAUAAACACUGUAAAUGUAUUAGAGAAGCAGGUAAAUUGGACUUAUGCUCAUUCAAGAAAUGAAAAUAGGACCGUUUUGGAUGGAACUCUUGUUAUUGAUCCAGUUAAUAAGUUUUCUGCUAGAUAUGAAUUGGGUUCCAAGAAUUGUAAGUUGAAGUAUAGUUAUGUGCAUAGAGGAGUUACAGCAUUUGAGCCUGGGUAUGAUUUGGGGAAGAAUUCGUGGGAUUUGGCUGUUUCUCAUAGGAUUGACAGUGAUGUGAUUAGAGUUUCUUAUGAGACAGUGAGCAAGUAUUUGGGUGUUGAGUGGUCUUGGAAAUCUUUGCUAACUAAAGAGGGAGGCCUUAAGAGGAUGAAGUCAGGCAUUUGGAGCAAUAUGUAUGAGACAAUGAAUCAGAAGUAUAUGGCUAUGCAUAUGAAUCAUCCGAGUAAGACAAGGAUAAGGUUUUAGCAUCUUUUAAUUUGGCUGAGGGCCUAGGCAUGCCAAAACUAUCUGCUGAGAGCUCAUGGAAUUUUGAGAUGUAAAUCACCCCCUGUAUAAUUGACUGAGCUUCUUUUCCAUGUAUAAAACAAUCUAGUUCCUGCUGUUAAUUUUUUGCGUUCAAUUAGAGGCUCAUCUUGCUAUAUUAUGCUCUUAUUAUUAUGCCCGGGA